AUGCAAGUUUACAGUGAAGAUCCGAGAUUGUUCCGUGUUUCCCGUGAAAAACUCUUGAACGAGAAGAACCCUGUACAAGGAAAGGUUUCUCUAACUCUUCGAGAACUUAUCGAAGCUCUGCACGAAGCUUUCAAGACUGACCAUGUUAAUAUUGACCAUGUGCAAGAUUUGAUGGCGUGUUACAGGAGCAACCCCUUGGAAUGGAAAAAAUACGCCAAGUUUGAUAGAUAUAGGUACACGAGAAACUUGGUCGACGAAGGAAACGGAAGGUUCAAUCUGAUGGUUCUGUGUUGGGGAGAAGGACAUGGGUCAGCCAUACACGACCAUGCCGAUGCACAUUGUGUCAUGAAAAUUCUACAGGGUGAACUUUGUGAGACCAGAUAUGAGUGGCCCAAGAAAUGUAAGGAGAAUUUUGACACGGAGGAACCGGAAGAACUUCGAGAAUUAGAAAGAAACACUCUCGGACUAAAUGAAAUAUGUUACAUUAAUGAUUCCCUGGGACUGCAUCGAGUCGAGAAUCCAAGUGCAGUAAACCCUGCAGUAUCGCUGCACCUGUACUCGCCUCCAUUCUCCUCGUGUUCAGUUUUCAAUAAGCAAACUGGUCAAAGAACAACGUGUAAAGUCACCUUUUGGUCGAAAUAUGGAGAGAAGAGAAAUAGGGAGAUUCAAGACGCCAGGUGUCCUGAGGAUAACUAACUGAUCACUGCAUUUUUCGUUAAAGUUUCUGUGUGUUAAUUGAAACGAGAAAAUAGUGUAAAAUUUAGUAUGUUCAUACGUAGUUUUAUAAAGUUUUAAGUACUUAAAUGCGUUUAAGAUUUGCUAAAUAUUUCUACUAAUAUAUAUUUCAAUUUGAAUGAUGAUCGGUAAAGAGAAUGUUCCUACAAAUUUUUAUACGUAUUUGCUCGUUAUAUGUUACGAAAAUAAAAUGAAUUUAUCAAGUUUGGAGGUGGUCAACGAACCUCAGAACAUUUAAGAUAAAAUAAUUAACGAUAUC